AUGUCAAAUGGCGCUCAGGCUGGGAGAUCGUCGUCUUGUAAGCAAGCUCUUCUCUGCUUCUCUCUCUACUCCCCUCCCUGCUCUUCACUCAAGCUUCCGCACCAUGUGCCUAACGCCCUUCUAGCAUUCCAUUUUGUAGCUGGUCUGUCGUCGGGCGUUCUCUCCGCGGUCCUCCUACAGCCUGCCGACCUUCUCAAAACCCGUGUACAACAAUCCGGCCACACGUCCCUGCUUGCCACCAUCCGCGAAAUCUCCAAGUCACCGAAUUCCAUCCGAUCUUUCUGGCGAGGAACAGUUCCUUCAGCUUUGCGAACUGGGUUUGGUUCUGCCAUCUACUUCACAGGGCUGAACGCUCUACGCCAGAAUGUUGCACGUUCGAACCUCCUGCGCUCGAUGGGGGUGGUGGAGAACGGCAGAAUGCCAACCUCCUCCUCCCUACCGAAGCUGUCGAAUCUCGCAAACCUCACGACCGGCGCUGUAGCCAGAGCUGUGGCAGGAUUCAUUUUGAUGCCCAUGACUAUCAUCAAGGUCCGGUACGAGUCGAAUCUGUACUCAUAUCAGUCAAUUCUCGGUGCUAGCAAGGACAUCCUCAAGACCGAAGGACUCAGAGGAUUCUUUUCGGGAUUUGGAGCGACAGCUAUCAGAGACGCACCAUACGCAGGGCUUUACGUACUAUUUUACGAAGAGCUCAAGAAGAGACUGAGCUUGGUAGCUCAAAAAGUCCCGGUUACGGGGGAGCUAUCAGUAGGCAUGAAAGGAUCUACGUCAGCAUACAUCAAUUUUGGCUCCGGAAUAUUAGCAGCUGGCCUUGCGACAGCCAUUACGAACCCCUUCGAUGCUAUCAAGACCAGGAUACAACUGCAGCCGAAGGAUUAUUACAAUAUGCUUCAUGCCGGGCGGAAGAUGGUUCGGGAUGACGGCAUUAAAUCUCUAUUCGAUGGGUUGGGGCUGCGAAUGGGACGCAAGGCUGUGAGCUCAGCCUUGGCAUGGACACUGUAUGAAGAAUUGAUUAGAAGAGCGGAGCUAGCCUGGAAAAAUACGCAUGGCGAGGGCGUACUGUAA